AUGGAUAAGUACAAAAUAUCUAAAGAAAGGAGAUUAGAAAUUGAGUCAAUUUUUAAUGAAUUCAAUAAAAAUAAGAAGGGGUUAGAUGGAGAAAAAAUAUUGUAUAUGCUGAAAUCUAUUGGUAUAUUUCUCAACAAAAAUGAAUCAGAUGCCUUGUUAGAAGAAUGUAGAUUAAAUGGCAAUUUAAAUUUAAAUAAUUUUUAUGCUAUUAUGCAAUCAUUUUACUAUGAUGAAAAUAUUGGAAAGCUACUAUUAACAUCAUUGAAAGCUCAUACUAACGAAAACGCUAAAAGUAUUAGUAUUUCUGAGCUAAAAAAUUUAUUAAUGACAUUAGGAACAGGUAUAAAAUUAACAGAAGAUGAAGUAGAUGCUUUUUUAAAUUUAGAAUUCAGUACAAAUAAAAGCAAAGACAUAUCAUUUGAUGAUUUCAUAUAUAAGGUAUUGAAGGAAUGA